GGGUUCCAGGCGGUUAGUGUUGUUCUCUCAGACUUUACCCAUCCAGCAUUACCCAGGCAUGUCUAGGGAAGAGCUUGUACUCUCCAUGGUCUCCUGCAACCUGGAGCCUCCUAUCUAUAGUGACUGGACAAUGAAAAACAACAAGGAAAAUGUAAAAUUGGAGAAAACGGCAUUAGAAGGAAGCUCUGGAGAUGAAUCCGAGGAGUUGGAACCCGAGCCCCCACCGGUAGCCGUACGAAGAAAGGUGUCGUUUGCGGAUGCCUUUGGUCUGGACCUGGUUUCUGUGAAGGAGUAUGACAACCGGGAUUCAUCAAGGCUGGAUGCAGAUGGUAGAGAGGGUGAGGAGUACUACAUCUCAUGCCUCUUCAAUGUCCCAGCGUUGCACCAGGACAUGGAGGUGAGACUUCAGCAGCAGAAGCUGGAACUGGAGCGCAUCGAACUGCUCUCUGGAUCCACCACAAUCCGGGGCAUCGUUCGCGUGCUUAACCUCUGCUUCCACAAGGCUGUCUACAUCCGCGUCACUCUGGACGGCUGGCAGAGCCACUUUGACCUGAUGGCGGAGUACAUGCCUGGGUCCAGCGAUGGCGAGACUGACUGUUUCUCUUUCCACCUCGUGUUGACGCCUCCAUUCCAGGUCGAAGGGUUGCGGGUGGAGUUCUGUCUGAGGUACGAAAGUGCUGUUGGAAACUUCUGGGCCAACAAUGGAGGGACGAACUACAUUGUCUUCUGCCACCAAAGACGAAGAAGUGAUCUGAAAGAGAAAGAGAGUGAAAAGGAGAAGUUGGUAGAGGAGAGUAACCAAAAAAGUAUCAGGAGCUGCCUUAAAACAAUCAGUAAAAAGAACUACUCGGACGCGACACCUGCAGAGGCGAGUGGUGAGAUCUCAGAACAAGUCACACCCAAGGUCGGGCAUACUAGGGAGAACAAAACAGAGAAAGAAGCAGGAAUCAAUUCCUGCAAAUCCCUAAAGGACUGCUGCAAAACUCUGGUGGAUCGUUGUAGGAAACGUCAAGCUGCUCGUUUGGCUCGCGUACAGGACUACUUCGCUCAGAAAGCAAUGGAAACCCAGAUGGGAUGUAAUUCCAACACAGAUGAAAGUACCACAUCCAUCCCAAAGCUGUCUAUACCAAGUAGAACUAACUUGCCAGUUGUCCACAGCCGACAAGGAUGCAGUAUGGACACGCCACCAAUACUAAUGUACCACCAGAUCCCUUUGCUUUCCCUGGAUUGGAGCAGUACCACAACAACACCCCCCCAAGCAAACCCUCCAGAUGCCUGCAGUAAAACAAGACAUCAGGUUGAAGAUCGCCUAGCCAUAUCUGCUUAUGGGGCCAGGGAAACUUUUCUUAACAGCACUGAUAUGCAGCACCAAGUAUGUGUUCGUCCAGAGUCAGAAGUUUUAGUCCCAAUGGAGGACAAGGGAGCUGAGAAAGACCACAGUCAAGAGUCUCCUGACAGGAAAGCAAUGGAAACUGUAAAAUCUAAUCCCGUAGAGCAAUCAAAGGAUCUCAGCACGAGUCCUAGAGAUCAGGUUGUGGAUUACCAACUAGUGAAAGAGCCAAGGGUCACUACCCUACCAUGUUCUGCCCAGGGAUCGGAGCCAGAGAGGGCGGGAAGCGAGUUAGAGGCAUCUCGUGACCGCCAAGCCCCACAUCAAGAGCACACAAGCGGAUCUUUGAGUCAAGACACGACCAAAGCAAACCCUGGGGACGAAACUCGAACCGCACGUGACACAGAGACUCAGAAUUCAGAAGCCGGAGAUGGAAUCUCACCUGAAGAAUGCACAGGCAGCUCCGACACCUCAAAGGUUAAAGAAAACACACAGAGAGCGGUCAAAGACUCCCUGACAUUUACGGGGAUCAUGGAUGUGCCAUUCACAAAUAGACAGGCCGAGGGAUCUUCUUCAGAAAGGAAGGAUAUAAAUAAAGAUGCUAGCGAGGAGCAGGUGGAAAUGAGGGCGUUCUGUAGAGAACUACAUGAAGAGGACAUGGAAAGCAGUAGAAAAGGACAAGAUGAGACAACUACGGAUCACAGCGCAGAAAUACAGAGCGUUUCAUCGUGUGAGAGUGAGGCAUUUAAUGAGAACGAAUUAUGCACGUUGAACAAGAGUUUUAACAAAGACAAUUCAGAGCUACUGAAAAAUGAAGAGAGGCGUUUUGAGACAAACGAAGGACUUAAAAUGAAGGAGCGACUGAAUGAGACGACUAUAGAAGCUGCUAGUGUUGAAGAGGAUGAAAUGCAUUCAGAAGAGCUUAUAGAGGACUCCCGAGCAGUGGGUGACAAUUGCACAGAUGGAGAAGAGAAAGAGUUUGAGAUUCAUGCUACCACAUUUGCACCCACCCACUUACCUACCUAUCCAACUGUUAGCACUGACCCAUCCAGGCCCCUCCUUCGGACAGCAUCUGCAAAGGAAACUUCUGCAGAGGAGGACUUUGAGCUUGGGAAGACCCUCAGAAACUUUCAAGAACCCCAGCGACUGGACGGAGAGGAUGAACUCUCCACGCCGUUACCCAGCAUUCACCUGUCCUGGGUGGGCGGCAACAGCAGUAGGCUGUUGAGAGAAUUCUGCUCGCUGGGUCACAUGGCCAAGGCUCUUGUGUAUGCUAUUCUGUUUGUGAUCUUCAUAACGGCGUAUCUCUACGACCUGCCAACAUGCAUGGCCCUCUAUCUGUUUUCUCUGUGCUGGUGGUGCAGCCAGGGUAUGAAGCAACGUCUGGAUGUGGCUGUUGAUGUGGACUGAGACCAGACAGGAAGUUCUUGAAAGGUUGUCAAAUUAUGUGCGACUCUGAAAUGAAAAGUAACACGAAGUGAUUCUAUGGGCCCAAAAUCACUUGAUAAAAUGAGAUUUGAUGGUUUCUUUCUUGUCACUUGUGUUUCCAUUAAAAGUCCCAUUUGAAACAGGAGUCUUUUAAUAUAAUACUAAACUCAAACUAGAAUAGUGGAUAUGUGCUAAUCCAGUUUUGUGAUAUAAUUAAAUGACAGAAAACAUUCUUAUAAUGUCAAAGGCAACAAUUGCUUUCACAGAUAUAUCUCCAUGAUAUACAGUUCCAGUCAAAAGUAUAGAUACAACAUUUUUGAGUUUUUGAGUUUUUAAUUACUCUUUUUUUUUUUUGCCUUGUUUUCCAGUAAAAAUAUCCAAAAAUUCAUAAAAUAAGAUAAGAUUACUUCACAAGCAACAGUGCAUAAGAUAUGAAGACUUCUGAUUUAUAGUGCAUCGUGU